GCCCGGCCGGGUGGCCGGGUCGGGGUGGGCAGCCCGGCUUGCACCGGCUGGAGGCGGCGGCCGCUGCAGCCCCGGUAGCGCGCACACCCCUAGGCGUACGCACCAAACGCCUCCUCCCUGCGCCAGGAGGAUGGAGCAGCCAUCCCAACCCCGGACUGGCGCAAGGUUUCCAGACAAGGCCAGGAAUAACAAGGAGGCCCGUGUGUUAGCUGCAGCGUUUUGAACCACCCAGGAAGGAGAGCAACUGUGUGGACAGAACCGGAACCAUUGCCACACUUGGAGUAAAUGAGGAAUGGACUCGUGAUUAUGCUGAGCUUCCAGCAUGCAUCUGGUAGACCUGUGGCUAACUCGUUCCCUCUCCAUGUGUCUCCUCCUCCAAAGUUUUGUUCUUAUGAUACUGUGCUUUCAUUCUGCCAGUAUGUGUCCCAAGGGCUGCCUUUGUUCUUCCUCUGGGGGCUUAAAUGUCACCUGUAGCAAUGCAAAUCUCAAGGAAAUACCAAGAGACCUUCCUCCUGAAACAGUCUUGUUGUAUCUGGACUCCAAUCAGAUCACAUCCAUCCCCAAUGAGAUUUUUAAGGACCUUCAUCAACUGAGAGUUCUCAACCUGUCCAAAAAUGGCAUUGAGUUUAUCGAUGAACAUGCUUUCAAAGGAGUAGCAGAGACGUUGCAGACCCUGGACUUGUCCGACAACCGGAUUCAAAGCGUGCACAAAAAUGCCUUCAAUAACCUGAAGGCCAGGGCCAGAAUCGCCAACAACCCCUGGCACUGUGACUGCACUCUCCAGCAAGUUCUGAGGAGCAUGGCAUCCAAUCAUGAGACAGCACACAAUGUGAUCUGCAAGACGUCGGUGUUGGACGAGCAUGCCGGGAGACCCUUUCUCAAUGCUGCCAAUGAUGCUGAUCUUUGUAACCUCCCUAAAAAGACUACUGACUAUGCCAUGCUGGUCACCAUGUUUGGCUGGUUCACCAUGGUGAUCUCUUAUGUGGUCUAUUAUGUAAGGCAGAAUCAGGAGGAUGCUCGGAGGCACCUCGAAUACUUGAAAUCCCUGCCAAGCAGGCAAAAGAAGGCAGACGAGCCGGAUGACAUUAGCACUGUGGUUUGAUGUCCAUGCUGACUGGCGCUGGGAGGGUAGGUUCUGGUUACAGCAGCAUAAGUGGUCCACGUCCCCUUCCAUUGUAUAUGUUUAAAACUUUGUAUUUGAGUUUCUUUGGAAUCACAUCAUUGUUGAACUUUUAACAAAAAUUACAACAUAAGAAAUAAUUUUAGUUUAGGUGAUCUUCCCCAGUUAACUGUACCCCUGGUGGUAUAUUCCUCAGUAAGAAGCUCUCUGAACAUUAGUUAGACCCAUCUCACUAUUUAAUAAUGAAAUUUAUUUUUUUAAUUUAAAACUUAAUAAAAGCUUAACUUUGAACCAUGGAA